CAGUUUAGUGUUGAGGGAGCUCACUCUUCGGCUAGUUUAGCGACGUGUGACCAGCAGGGAGAGACACUGAGAGACGCAUUUAGAGUGGAGUGGACCAGUGGCUCGUCUUUUGUUGCGUCGGAGUGAAGGAAGCAAAGGAGAGAGAAGAGGAGGAGAGUUCGAGCAGCCUCAGUACCAGCCAGUGCUUCUCCAGGAUAACACUCCACGGAGGAGGCUGCUUCAGCCGAAGACGCCGCUUAGCCGUUGGUCUUAAAAAAUCGGCUUUUCACCCCCCAGAUUUUGUUUUUCGACCAACGUGUGGGAUUGUGGUCGUGGUUUCGAAGAGGAUUUAAGACAACAGAAAUGUACCGACGACGGGAGGGCAGCGGCGGGCUGCUUCUGCUGACGCUCUUGGCAGUGCUGCAGAUUGCAGCAGAGUGCGGAGUCAUCUCACCCUGCAGGCCUGGCUUCUCUGAAGAUGUAUACAAGGUUGGCUUGCCAGAUAUCAUCGAGAAGGGACAGCCCCUUUUCACUGUGAGGUUUGUCGACUGCAGCCGAGGGGGUCUUGUGCGUUUCGAAUGCAAUAACCCAGAGGACUUCAGGAUAGAAGCCAACGGGGUGGUCUACGCUGCCCGGGAUCUGCAGCUCUCUGGACCCCAGACGUCAGCGCUGCUGAUCAAGGCCAUUGAUGACACGACUCAGCAACAGUGGAUAACCCUUGCCAGACUGACACCCUCCACCCAGCAGGUCAUGGAACUCGCUUCGGAUCCGGCCGUGUCCACCGAUUUGAAGGAAAUAACAUUUCCAUCACGGAACUUGGACAGCCAGCUGAAACGCAUGAAGAGAGACUGGGUUAUUCCCCCAAUCAAUGUCGCGGAGAACUUGCGAGCUCCUUUCCCACAAGAGCUUGUUCGGAUCCGCUCGGACCACGACAAGAACCGAUCUCUGCGAUACAGCGUGACAGGCCCUGGCGCUGACCAACCUCCCACUGGCAUCUUCCUCAUCGAUCCGAUCUCUGGCGAACUCUCGCUGAACAAGCCGCUGGAUAGAGAGCAUAUUCCCAAUUUCCAUCUGAGAGCUCAUGCGGUGGACCUGAAUGGAAACCAAGUAGAAAAUCCCAUUGACAUUGUGAUCAAUGUGAUUGACAUGAACGACAACAGGCCCGAAUUCAACCACCCCAUCUGGAACGGCACCGUCCCUGAGGGCUCCAAGCCAGGCACAGUUGUCAUGACGGUAACAGCAGUCGAUAAAGACGAUCCCAAAACUUCUAAUGGCAUGAUCCGCUACAAGAUCUUGUCUCAGACUCCAGACAGUCCCACCUCCAAUAUGUUCACCAUCAAUAAUAAAACGGGAGGCAUCAUUACUGUGGCAGCAGGCUUGGACAGAGAGAAAGUGCCUCAGUACAUGCUGAUCGUCCAGGCCACUGACAUGGAGGGCAGCCCCAUUUACGGCCUCUCCAACACAGCCACCGCCGUGAUCAGAGUCACCGACAUCAAUGACAAUCCGCCAGAGUUCACAGCUGACAUGUUUUUCGGCGAGGUGCAAGAAAACCGCGUGAAUGUGAUUGUGGCCAACCUGACGGUGACUGACAAAGACCAGCCCAACACUCAGGCCUGGAACGCCGUCUACAAAAUCACUGGGGGCGACCCCACCGGCAGGUUCUCUGUGCCCACUGAUCCCACCAAUAACGAGGGCCUGGUGACGGUUGUCAAGCCGAUUGACUAUGAAAUGCACAGGGUAUACGUGCUGACAGUAGAGGCCAGAAAUGAGGAGCCCCUAGCCAGAGGCAUCCACUCUCCCCGUCAAUCCACCGCCACCGUCACCAUACGAGUGCUGGACGUCAACGAGAGCCCUUACUUUGAUCCCAACCCCAAACUCAUUAAACUGGAAGAGGGAAAGCCGGCGGAGUCCAUGCUGACCACCUUCACAGCGCAGGACCCUGAUCGCUUCAUGCAGCAAAUUAUCCGCUACACAAGACUCUCCGAUCCCGCCAACUGGCUGAGGAUUGAUCCAAACAAUGGUAGAAUCACAACAAUGGCCGUUUUGGACCGAGAAUCGCCUUUUGUGAAGAACAGCAUGUACAAUGCCACAUUCCUGGCCACUGACAACGGCAAGCCUUUCGCCACUGGCACUGGCACGCUGCAGAUCUACCUGACGGACAUCAACGACAACGCCCCGAGGGUGUUCCCCCAGGAAGUGGAAAUAUGCGAGAAACCCGAGCCCAACGCCAUCAACAUAACGGCGAUCGACGGUGACUUAAUGCCCAACGCUGGGCCCUUUGCCUUCGAGUUGGCAAACAUGCCCGUCGAUGUUAAGAGGAACUGGACCAUCACCAGGAUCAGUGGUGACUACGCUCAGUUGCGCCUCAAGAUCGGUUUCCUCGAGAGUGGCAUUUACGACCUGCCCAUCAUCAUCACGGACUCUGGAAACCUGCCCUUGUUCAACACCUCCCACCUGAGGGUCAAAGUGUGCCAGUGCGACAUCAACGGCGACUGCACGGACCAGCAGCACAUCAUGGCCGCCGGCCUGGGCACGGGCGCCAUCAUCGCCAUCCUGCUGUGCAUCAUCAUCCUCCUCAUUCUGGUGCUACUUUUUGUGGUUUGGAUGAAGCGCCGCGAUAAAGAACGACAGGCUAAGCAACUCCUCAUUGAUCCUGAGGAUGACGUGCGAGACAACAUUCUCAAGUAUGAUGAGGAAGGCGGUGGAGAAGAGGAUCAGGACUACGACCUGAGUCAGCUCCAGCAACCGGACACUUUGGAACCCGAUGUAAUCAAGCCUGUGGGGAUCAGACGUCUCGAUGAGAGACCGCUCCACCCCGAGCCACAGUACCCGAUGAGGUCAGCCGCCCCACACCCCGGAGACAUCGGAGACUUCAUCAAUGAGGGCCUGAAGGCAGCAGACAACGAUCCCACCGCUCCCCCCUACGAUUCUCUGCUGGUGUUUGACUACGAGGGCAGCGGCUCCACCGCCGGUUCCCUGAGCUCACUCAACUCAUCCAGCAGCGGGGGCGAUCAGGAUUACGAUUACCUGAACGACUGGGGCCCUCGCUUCCGAAAACUGGCGGACAUGUACGGCGGGAGUGAUGACUAAGACCCGAGGGAGGACACGAAAGAAGAAGACCACGACGACGAAAUGAAGGAAAGAUUCCCUGUGGAUGGACUUGGAAUUGUUGCAACUGGACUGUGAGAGAAAAGAAAGGAAAAAAGGAUGCAGAGAUUUUUUUUUCAAAAAACAAAAAAACAAAACUAAACAAAAAAAAAACCCAACCACAACCAACCAACCCGGCUUAUUGUUGUAGUUUCCGCGUACAUAAUGCUUGUGGGCCGGUGGACGCGCACACCAUUCAAGACUGUUGUUGGGUAUUGACUGCGCUCAGUUACACUUGAACUUCACAGUACAGAAGCACUGGGAUAUAAUGUGCCUUUUUGUACAUUUCUUUUGGGAUGGAAAUGAUUAGUUUUAUGUUCAAGGCUUUAAUGGUACUGACUUUUUUUUUUGCAGUGAAUUCAAAGCUAAGUAUGUGACACUCUGGUACGCUUCGAUCACCCCGUUUGUUCUUUCUUUUUCUUUCUUUCUUUCUUUCUUUCCAUUUGUUUGUGAAGGCUUAUUUAAUGAAGGAUCAUCUUUCGGCCCGGAUGGAAAGAACAAUGAAGAGCAGCACUGUAGAGUUUGCGAGACUUGUCUAAAAUAUGCAGCGUAGUCGCAGCGAAGGGAGUUAUGAAUCACCCUUUUGUAGCAGAUUAUUUUCUUUUAUUUUGUCUGGAGUGAUGUAGUACAGUGUUAGACAAAAACAACAAAAAAAACUGUUUUGAUCAAUGUUCACUGAUCAACUUCAUUUGCCUUAGUCAUCAUCUGAUAUUUUGGACUUUUACUUCACUGUAAAAAGAUGUGUGUACAUAAUGUUUUGUUUUCUUUUUAUCUUUUCUUUGGGUGUAGGAUAUGAACAAGUGCAAAAAGUUCCAAAAACUGUAAAUGAUUCAUUUGGACAUCAAAAAUUAACCUUUGUUUUUUUGUGCAUGUUUUUAUCUUUUAAUGACGACGAAACGUACUAAGAAAAAAAAUGGUGCUCCCCAAAUUUAUUUCCAAGAUGGAGGGGAAAAAAUCAGGGUGCCAGUCUAUGUGUAAAAGCUGAGAGAUUUUGUAUGACAAGAUAAUUUGAAAGUAAAAAAAAAAAUGUUUGAAGAAUUGUCGUCUCGUCAGCACAACUGUUGAAUUUGUACCAAAAAAAAAAAGGCGUGGGCGAGGGGGUGUGAGAUGCAAGGCACUGAUUAUUAAAGCUGAGCUUUAAUAGUGAAAACAUUUUGGACUUGAGCUGUGUGGAAAAGCGUUUUGUUCUGCUCAACUAAUUAUCUCUCUCUUACCCAAACUAUCCAAAUAAAAGUCCAGUUUUGGAGCUCAAAAA